AUGAAACAUAGCACAACUAUUAAUUAUAUCAACAAAUUAAUUAACCCAUUACCUCCACAGUCCCAAGCCAAUGGUAAGCAGGUAACAAAUGACACAAAUUCUUCCGAAGUCAUACCGGCGAGGGCGACUUGGGGCAGUCCCCUGGAAUUUAUACUUGCAUGUUUGGGGUACGCAGUCGGGCUAGGCAAUGUUUGGAGAUUUCCUUACCUUUGCUAUAGGAAUGGGGGCGGUGCGUUUUUAAUACCGUUCUUCUUGAUGUUGAUUUUCAUUGGAUUGCCGAUUUUCUAUUUGGAACUUUACAUUGGGCAGUAUACCGGAAUUGGUCCACUGCAAGCGUUCACAGCUAUCUCACCUUUCUUCAGUGGCCUGGGAUACUGCACCUUGGUCGUUAUCAGUAUCAUUUCAAUCUAUUACAUGAUUAUUGUUGCAUGGAUAUUGUUUUAUACGAUAGUCUCCAUCGCUGGACGAUUAGAUUGGGGCUCAUGCGAAAAUGAUUUUAAUACUGAAUUUUGUUACAGCGGAGAAUAUGAUCGAAACUGUAGGAGUCAAAACUUCACUGGCAGUGAAACUAAAACAUAUUACUUACAAGAUUGCAUAAGUAUCGGUGAAAUAUGCACCAUGUCAGGGUUCCAACCGCUUAACGAGACUCAUUGUGUGAACGGAACAGUACCUGUGGAAUGGUAUACAGGGAUCACACGUGUUCUGGCAUCACAAGAAUACUAUAACGAACGAGUUCUAGGAAGAGGUGACGCAUCCUGGUCGAACUGGGGAACUAUUCAAUGGCAUCUAGUCGGUACACUUUUCAUUUGCUGGUUGCUGGCAUUUUUAUGUGUUAUUAAGGGGAUAAAAUCAGCAGGGAAAGUAGUUUAUUUCACUGCUCUCUUCCCAUAUGUCAUGCUGACGGCUCUACUUGUCCGGGGGGUGACCUUAGAUGGUGCUGCUGACGGAGUUUUGUUCUAUUUGUCACCAAAAUGGGAAACAUUAUUGGACGCCAGUGUCUGGGGUGAUGCUGCAUCACAGAUAUUCUACUCCUUCGGUGUGGCGUGUGGUUCUCUCAUCACUCUCGCUUCUUAUAACAAUUUCCACAAUAACUGUCACUUUGACGCUGUCGUUGUGAGCUUCACUAACUUCUUCACAUCAAUAUACGCCGGCUUCGCAAUUUUCUCCGUACUUGGCUUUCAGGCUCUGCAAAUGGGUGUCAGUGUUGAUGAUGUGGCAGAAACAGGGCCAGGUUUAGCAUUUGUAGCAUAUCCAGAAGCCCUUCUCCAAAUGCCUAUCCCGCAGCUAUGGGCGAUACUAUUCUUCUUCAUGCUUUUUAUACUCGGUCUCGGAUGUCAGUUUGCUGGCAUAGAGGCUAUAAAUACUGCGAUUGUGGACACAUGGCCGCAACUAAGGAAGAGGUACUGGAUGGUGACAGCCGGUACGUGUUUUAGCUGCUUCAUCCUUGGACUACCCAUGUGUUUUAGCGGGGGUGUUUACCUGUUCACUAUACUGGAUUGGAACACAGCAUCCUGGGCUAUACUUCUAAUAGGCAUGGCUGAAUGUAUUGCUGUCUCCUGGAGUUAUGGUAUCAACCGCGCUAUAAAAGAUCUGGCUUCCAUGAAAAUGAAAUUUAAUCCAGUGUUGAGGUUUUACUGGAAAGCUGUCUGGACCGUCAUCGUUCCCGUAGGCAGUAUUAGUGUACUGAUAUUUAUAUUUAUAAAUUGGAGCCCUCCGUCGUAUGAGGAUUACGAGUUCCCAUGGUUCGCGGACAUGCUCGGCUGGUUGGUGGGUCUAUCUACACUCAUUCUAUUCCCGGUUGGUGUGUGUUGGGCGUUAUAUCAUGGAUAUCGUGGCAAAGAACUGUUCACCCCAACUGCAGCAUGGAAACCAGCUUUUAAAAGCCUAGAUGCACCCCGUUCAGACUCAAUAGUGACCACCGAGUCAAUGCACCAAGGGCCUUUUGACAAUUUGGGUUACGUUAUGUAAAUUUAUUAGAAUUAUCACGAAUUUAGAAAUAGACAAAAGCGGAAUUUGGGCACGCUUGUAUGCCAAGCGGGAUUCCUAACCGCUAGGCCAUCUAGAAGUCGUACUCUUAAAACUAAUUUCCUAUAUAUCAUCAACUU